AGCAUUUAUGAUACCGCCGCCACAGAUCAAGUUACUUCCCCUGUCGAACAUAAUUCUUCAAGAAAAUACGGAUGCGACUCAUCACCUGCUGUGACUUGUAUAACAAAAACAGUGUACGACGGGUUUUCGAGCGGAAAGACGUUUGUUCCCACGGCUGAUAUUUACGAGAUGGGCAGGUCCGUCCCACCGGGUGACGAUCUGGAAGCGAAAGAGGUCGAGCUCGAGGUCCCGCGGGAGAGCCUUCUAGACAAGGGUUCCACAUUACACGACGAAUCUGGGAGGCACGGGGAGUCUUAUUCGCCACAGGGACGAGACGAAGAUCUAGCCGAGGAUGAAGACAAUGGUUGGGAUAUAACCCCGGCUAAGCCUUCGGGCUUGGGUGGGUUUGGAUCCGCUUCUUCCUUCAUUCCCACGGCUGACAUUUACGAACUCGGUAUCGUUGCACGGCCCCCCGAAGAAGAUCAUGUUGACCCUGCCUAUAUGGGAUUACCGGCAUUGAGACUGCCCAAGAGCAACGCAGAAGAGGCCCACACAACAGACAAGGUUAUGGGGUAUUCUCAAAUGAUAGGGGAACGGAUGGUACAAGAAGAGAUGGAGAAAGCAGGGAUCAACGGAUGUCCCGAAGACGGUACAACAAAUUCAGCUCAGCAGACGAGAUCGGAGAAGACGGUGCAGACGCAUAACGACACCCGAGAUCUAUUGGGUCCAGCACGACAGAAACUGGUAGCAUUCAAGUUUGGCGCAAAAUCACAUGUUGCUAUACCACAGCAACCAGGGAAGGUAGAAGUCAGCUCUGUGUCUCGAGAUCGAUCGGUACGAGUGAACGAAGAGAAAGCUAGCAUGAGGCUUGAGGACGAACGGGGCAUCCAACCGGACUCUCGAGAUUCAGACUCCAGUGAAAGUCGCAAAAGACGACAGUAUGAUGAUCAUGAGCAUGGCGAAGUGGCUGAGUGUACGGAUAGUAGAGGGAAGAGAGCAAGGAGAGCUGAGGUGAUGACCUCAGCGGAAGUCAUAUCAGGUCAUGACAUCGCUCGGACAUGCAUGCCGCCUCCCAGCAAAACCAAGGCCGACCAACACAGACCAACCUUUCUCUCGCCUCCGCCCUCCGAAACCUUCACAGCACCGUCAGCACCGCGGGUCAUCAAACCCUUCACACGUACUUCUUACCCAGAUCCUCUGGCUCCUCCAUCCACGAUCCUCAACCUCGGCAGCGAAAGCUUGCUGCGGACAUGUUUCCGCGUCGGAGAGGUGUUACGCUGCAGCAGGAGUAAGGAUGAGGAGCGAGUGAUGAUCAUCGAGUUCUUUGGUAAGUCUCACAUUUAUGGUUCGCAGCAGGAAGGCUAAUUGUAUGGGAUUAGGCGUAUUACACUCCUCUACCUCUUCCGAACGUACCAUCUACCACCCAAGGCCUGAGUACGUCCUUCAACUCAGUGACAUCUUCCAUCCAUCUCGUGGGCCGUACCUCUCCGGUCGCUGCUGGCAUGAUGUCUCGAAUGAUGUGCGCGUGGGAGACAUGACCCGCGUCGUGGGUGUUGCAAGGGUGACCAAAGACGGCAAGAUGGAGUUGAAGGUGGAGAAAGUCAGGAAGGCG